GCAAACACACUUGAAAAUCUUCAUCUGGUUAAACCAAAGCAACAAUGGUGGGACCUUCUCUCAACGCUCCCAAGCCUCCGGCAACCGCUACCAUCAAAUUGCUGUGCAGUUACGGCGGAAGGAUCCUCCCUCGGUAUCCGGACGGCAAGCUUAGGUAUCACGGUGGCCAAACACGCGUCCUUGCGGUUGUCCGUUCCAUCUCGUUCUCUGAAUUGAUGGUGAAACUUGGUGAAUUAUGCGGGAAGCCGGUGAGUUUGAGGUGUCAAUUGCCGACGGAGGAUUUAGAUGCGCUUGUUUCUAUCACCUCCGAUGAGGAUCUUGUAAAUCUCGUUGAAGAAUAUGAUCGAGCAGCUUCGUUACAAUCGUCAUCUCUCAAAAUCAGAGCGUUUCUCUCCGUUCCAAAGAAAUGCUCUCAAACUCCUUCCACCGCCUCUGCCUCCGGAUCAGGAUCUAGUUCCUCCACAGGUUCACCUACACUUGAGGCGGCGUCACCGAAAUCUCCUCCUCUCUCCGCUUCCUAUUCAGCUGCGAGAUUUCCUGUUACCACCACCAACCGGUGCAUCCAUCCAACGUCGAAACCACCUCUAAAACUUCCGUUCUGCUACAACAGAUCCGACGGAAAGCUUCCUUAUUAUGCUUAUCGAAAUUCCAACCGGUUUUGCCUCGUUCACAACGGAAACUAUUGGCAAUAACAGUAUUAGAUCUAGCGGGGAUUCUGAAUGGGGAAAAACUUUGGUAUCAUGAUGAUAUCUAAACAACCAAAUCAACACAUCUAAUACUAAUAGAGGCAAAACAAGAGUAGUACACAACGGUAAUAUAAGGAGGAAAAUCAAAAACAAGCAAAUGAAGGUGAAAGAUAUGAGAUGUAUGAUUGGACUGUAAAUAAUUUAAGAUUCGGAUCUGUGUUUUCUACGAUCCUUUCAGUGGCAAUGAAUGGAAAGAAGAAAUCUUAAGUUCGGUCCAAA